CAUGUAAAACAUCGAAGGAGUGCAGCGGGUUCAGUGCAGGAUGCUCCCUUGUUAUGUCAAAUAUUAAUAGCCAAUCUACUCACAAUUCUAAAGUAAUGGAUCCAGAAACAGGGAACACCUUCAAAUAUCAGCUACUAGAUUUGCCAUGGGAGGAUGUCUUAGUCACACACGUUCUCUGCUACCUCCCCCUGCGACACUUGGCCACCCUGCAAAGGGUCAGCAAGCAGUUCCGCUCCCUCAUUCAGGUGUAUCUUGCAAACUGCCGAAACUUUGACCUCAGCCAGGUUGGGCCUCACAUCUCCAAGGAAGCCUUCUGCUCCAUGCUGAGUGACAACAAAGUCCUCCAAAACCUGUCCGUCCAGAACUGCUCGGCCUGGAUCACCGACAAGGAGCUCCUCCCCGUCAUCGGACAGAACCCGCACCUGCAGCGGGUGGACAUGCGCGGCUGCUCGAGCCUGAGCCGCCACUCUCUGGUGGCCGUGUCGCUCAGCUGCCUGCGCCUGCAGCACCUGAGCCUGGCCCACUGCGAGUGGGUGGACAGCCUGUCGCUGCGGAGCCUCGCCGACCACUGCGGCGGCGGCCUGCGCUCGGUGGACCUGACCGCCUGCCGGCAGCUGAAGGACGAGGCCAUCUGCUACCUGGCGCGCCGCUGCCCGGCGCUGCGCUCGCUCUCGGUGGCCGUCAACGCCAACGUGACCGACGAGGCCGUCGACGAGGUGGCCAAGAGCUGCCGCGAGCUGGAGGAGCUGGACCUGACGGGCUGUCUGCGCGUGCGCAAUGAGGCCAUCAGGACUGUGGCUGAGUACUGCCCCAAGCUGCGGUCACUGAAGGUCAAUCACUGUCACAACGUCACCGAGUCCAGUCUGGGGCUGCUGCGGAAGAGGGACGUGGAGAUCGACGUGGAGCCCCCGCUGCAGCGGGCUCUGGUGCUGCUGCAGGACGUGGUGGGCUUCGCUCCCUUCAUCAACCUCCAGAUUUAGGCCUCAUGGGCCGCCUCUUGUGUGGACUGUGACUGGUCUCACCCACACACCACCACUGUUCAUUGUGAAGACUCCCCAUCUGGCCCUGUCUGCUUAAAGUGAUGCAAUAAUACAGGGACUCGUAUCAGUGGGAAUCUGAAGUGGAAAUCGGAGUCAAAGAACUCAUUAUUUAUUGUCUGAUGCAAAUCCAUACAUUGAACACAAUGUUCUGUGUGGACACCUAUUGCACUUCAAGUAACACUUGGUUUGAGAUGGCCUAUUGCCAUCUAUACCAACCCCCCCUAUAAGUAAGCAUGGUGCGAUUAACAUAGUGUAAGAUUAUGUAGUUCAUAGUAGGAACAUUUUUGAUAUUCUGUCACUAUCAACACAGGGUAAUGCAUCCUCUGUGAUAGGUUUAGUUGAAUGAAGUGUUACUUCAUUUGCACUGGCAAAAGACUGCAAACCUUUGCACUUUUCAUCAUUUCUGUCAUGACUGUAUUUAUAAACAUUUAGCUGUGUGUGGAUACGAAUGGUUCUUCAGGAUACCUCAGUUUUCACUUUCAAAAGUUAAGGAUUCUACUGGUGUUAAGCUACAGCAAUGCGUCUUAAAAUGGCAAAUCCCAUUCAAUGAAUUUCAUAUUGUAUUUAACAGUGAGAGAAAAGAAAAGUGCGACACUGCUUGCUUCUCUGUGUAACCAAUUUAUUAACAAACCGACGUCAGUUUAGCGAGGUCUGACAGACAGAAACGGCAGUUCAUUAAUAUUGGUUGCACCAUGGAGCAUACGCUCAAUGGUGUUUUUUGCCCCCAACGGCACCUUCCAGGCAGCACAGCCUAAAAGGCACUACCUUUACCCUAUUCCUAACCCUAACCCCCUCAACCCUCAUCCUACCCCUAAACUGAGGGGAGUAGUGCCUUGAAGGCAGCGCUGCCUGGAAGGCACCAUUGAGGGCAAAUAAUACCAAAGACCUGGAGCAUACACUGUUGCACUUUUCUUUUCUCUUACUCUUAAGUAGUUAUUGCGAAGUAGCUGCACAUGCAAUCGACCAACAAGGUGUGCAGGCUCCUAUUUAUGUUGUACUUAACAGUCACUUGUGUUGGAGGAUUAUAUAGAUGAUAUACAUUAUAUAGGCAUAUAUGGGUUUCACUGUUCAGCUUGUGUCUUGUUUUUUGCCAUGUGUCUUAAGUCCUCCUUUACAUUUCAUUUUUUUUUCAAGCUGUGUUUAGUAGACCUGAACCUCUUUGUCACUCGGUGAAGAUAGUCCUGGUUUAUAAUUCCACAAGUUUCAAUGGCUUUCGCAAAUGCUAUUAAGUAUUUGCAACGUAUCACCCUUUUAUCCAAUAAGAUUUCAGUGUAUAAAUAGAACUAAUUGCAAGUUAACAGAAACACGUUUUCAAAUAAUUGAGGUAAAUAGACGCACAACUCAACAAAAUUGUUUUGUUUUCUAGGAAAGGUGUGACAGCGCAGUUUGAAUUCUGUUUACGCGGCAGCUGAACUGGUUCCAUUCCUCGAUUUUGUUUUUCACUUGCCUUUACCUCAGUUACUUUUUAAUGUAGUUUCCACGUCUCUGAUUUUCUUAGCAAUGUAAAAAAAAAUAUUUUGUGUUUACAAGACACUAUGAUGUUUGUCUGAAAUUCACCAAAUGUAUACAGUGGUCUGUUAUGUUUUUAUUUUAUUUUUAAUUUUUUUGUGGCGUCAUUAUAUGCCGAGAGUUUACCUCAGACUUCUUAGAAAACACUAUAUGGACACAGGCCCUUAAGAGACUGUUUUGUUGCAACUUGAAAAUAUUUGCAAAUAUAAGCUUUGCUUGCUUUUAGCAAUGUAUAGUAAAGGGACGUGGGGAUCUCCACAAGAGGUUUUUGUUGGAUGGAAUGUUUAGAAUACCCUUGCAUACAGGAAUUAUGGCUUAAUAAUAUGAGUUAUAUAAAAUAAUGUAAAGAGAAUUGUACACU